UUGUGUGGUGGCUGCGAUUCUGGGCAAUCCAUAGCGCGGACUUGGGAAUGAUUCUAGUCUAAUGGAGGUACGGAUUCGGUGAUGCUUUAUCCAGCCGAGUUGGACGCAAAGGACGAUGACUUUACCCUGCUUUUUAGUUUUUUCACUGAAAUCCCUCGGAUUCAGACGCGCGUAAACGAUCUAAGGACGCUUUAAAACGCGUGUGAUGAGACAAAGGAACAAAGGAUGCCUUAGAGGAGAGGUUGCCUAUAUGCCUGGAAACCUCUUCAAAGCACACCACCAAAUGGAUAUAACGCCUCCCCCUGCCACCUCUAGAUCAUGAUACUUGGCUGAAGCUAUUCCACUAUCUUUAUGAUCCCUCCUCCAUCUAUGGCGAACUAUAGCCAUGCAGGGGACCACACCAUCUUGCAGAAUGUCUCUCCUCUCGCCACGUUCCUCAAACUGACCUCUCUGGGUUUCAUCAUUGGAGUCGGUGUGGUUGGAAACCUCCUGAUCUCCAUCCUGCUGGUCAAAGACAAGAGCCUGCAUCGGGCGCCCUACUAUUUCCUGCUGGACCUGUGCGCCUCUGACAUCCUGCGCUCCGCCAUCUGCUUCCCCUUUGUCUUCACCUCGGUCAAGAAUGGAUCGGCCUGGACCUACGGCACGCUGACCUGCAAAGUGAUCGCCUUCCUGGGUGUCCUCUCCUGUUUCCACACGGCGUUUAUGCUCUUCUGUGUCAGCGUCACUCGCUACCUUGCCAUCGCGCACCACCGUUUCUACACCAAGAGGCUGACCUUCUGGACCUGUCUGGCUGUCAUCUGCAUGGUGUGGACGUUGUCAGUGGCUAUGGCGUUCCCGCCGGUGCUAGACGUAGGGACAUACUCUUUUAUCCGGGAGGAGGACCAGUGCACGUUCCAGCACCGUUCCUUCAGGGCGAACGACUCGCUGGGCUUCAUGCUCCUGCUGGCGCUCAUCCUCCUGGCCACACAGCUGGUUUACCUCAAGCUCAUCUUCUUCGUGCAUGACCGUCGGAAGAUGAAGCCUGUCCAGUUCGUGCCUGCUGUCAGCCAGAACUGGACCUUCCACGGGCCUGGCGCCAGCGGGCAGGCGGCGGCCAACUGGCUGGCCGGAUUCGGUCGAGGCCCCACCCCCCCUACCCUGCUGGGCAUCCGGCAGAACAGCAACGCAGCAGGCCGCAGGCGUCUACUGGUAUUGGAUGAAUUCAAAACAGAGAAGAGGAUUAGUAGGAUGUUCUACAUCAUGACGUUUUUCUUCCUGGCUCUGUGGGGGCCCUAUCUGGUCGCUUGCUACUGGCGGGUGUUUGCGAGGGGCCCAGUGGUCCCUGGGGGCUACCUCACGGCGGCCGUGUGGAUGAGCUUCGCCCAGGCCGGGGUCAAUCCCUUCAUCUGCAUCUUCUCCAACAGGGAGCUCCGGCGCUGCUUCAGCACCACACUCCUUUACUGCAGAAAAUCCAGGUUACCAAGGGAACCCUACUGCGUUAUAUGAAGGUUUUGCUGGUUUUUUCUCAUCUUUGUCUCUAAUUCCCUGAUUGAUCUUGAUAUGGGCUUGUUCCCAUUGUACAGCGCACUCUCUCUUCUAUCUCUCUUCUCUUCAUCUUCCAGUUUUCCCUCCUGUUCCUCCUUCUCCUAACCCUUGUUUUCAGAGGUAGAAGGUUGGACUGUCAAUCACGAGGCUCUGCCAGGAUGAUUGAAUACGAUCAAACACGGAGGCUGGAGGUACUGGGAAUACGCAGGAGGUCUGGAUCCCCCCUCCUGUGUUUAUGUUCUAGUAAACGGACAUUGUGGAAGGCCAUGCCAAUGCAGAGAUGCAAAAAGUUGAAAAAAAAGAAAAAAUAAUUGACAAAACACUCAAAACAAACCCUCUUGCUUUGGAUAUUUUGAAGAUUCUGUGAGGUGUGAAAUACGUAAAAAUGAAAAGAAAAAAGAACAAAAAACAAAGAUGAUACCUCUCAAGGAAUCACUGGAAAUGUUUUACAUUUUUAAGAGUUGCACUAAAAACAAGAUGUAAAGAUGCUUUUUUUUGGUCAAUAGUCGCCGGUUGCAUUGCAAGGACAACUUUUCUCUUUUUUCCAAACGAGACAAUGAAUGCUUUCAUUUGCAACAGACUACACAACCGCUGUAAGUAAAGCAACACUUGGUGACUGUUGGAAUACACCAUCACAAGAGGAUAAAAUGGUUUUAAUGUAAGUGAUAUCUUUUUCAUUUACAGGGCGGCUGGGGUGGGGGGGCGGGGCUUAAUGGUGGGGAUUUACAAAUAUGUGGUUUUUGAAGUUGCAACUUAAAACUAGAAAUAAUUUCUUGUAGUUUUACGAUCCAUAAUGUCCCUAGUGUCUGGCAUUGUUAUUUUUUUCUACUCACCUUUUUGCAAAAAAAAAAGAAAAGAAGAUGAAAUUGUGUUUGGAUUUUGAAAAAAAAAGUUUCUUUUACGAACAAAACGUGUGCUCAAAAAAUACAUUGAAGAAAAAAGUUAAAUGUGUCAUCAUAUCCAUGUACCUAAACACUAUCAUAUUGUUACAGUAUUGCCGAUGCCACUCCGGGUGUUCUUGCCUUAAUGGUUAUGAUAUUGUCACGUUUCUUGGUUGUUGGGAUUUUAUUUAUUUUUAUUUAAUUCACUCCUAAAAAGCUGUUUUUUUUAGAUGCGAGGGGAGGUUUUUUCACAUCGAUGUGAAGUGCAUGUCCAUUUUUUUAAAAGCUGGUCCACUCCCAUGAGCAUCACAGGCCAUACACUGAGCAGCCCAUUUUUAUUCUGCAAUGGUUUGCUACACCCCACAGAGUGCUCAGAGCACAGGGUGUGUGUGUGUGUGUGUGUGUGUGUGUGUGUGUGUGUGUGUGUGUGUGUGUGUGUGUGUGUGUGUGUGUGUGUGUGUGUGUGUGUGUGUGUGUGUGUGUGUGGGUGCAUGUGCGUGUGAUUCAGAGUGUGUGUGCUGUGUGAAUCAAACAACAGUCACUUCAAGACCAGAGCCUUAGUAUGAAAUCUUGCACAAUUUGUAAAAAAUGUAAAACAAAAAAAACCCACAAAAAAAGACAUUUAAGGCACACCGUCUUGUUUCUACUUUCCCUACAUUUGCUCUCUAAACUGAUUGUUUUCAAUGACUUACUUUUUUCUCUUGUGGCCAUUUUAAUAUUUAUUAUGUAUUCUUUUUUUGUAUAUUAUAGAUAGAUGUGUGUGUAAGUAUGUGAGUCUUUCAUUUUUGAAGUCCCGAAUGUGAGUACAGUUUCAGUUAGGAUUGCAUUUGCUGAAAGUUAACUGUGUAAUCUGUUGCUUUUUGAAAAUAAAAAGUUUCCAUUUUA